UGGAUAUCGACGUUGACAUCACACGACCAAGACGAUGGUAGCACUGUGGUCGACGCUGGCGCUGGCGCCGCUCGCGAUGGCCUUUGACCCGCCGCCGCAGACAGGCGUCUCGCACGUGCUCUCGUUUGCGAGCCACAACCCGCUCGACGCGUACGACAAGGAGUGGAAGGAGCCCAACACGGACAUCACGCUGUACCCCGAGACGCAGAACAUCCCGCUGGACCCGGCGCUUCGCCAUCUGCAGCCGCCGCCGCCGCGCAUCCCUGCCACGUACGACAUCUUUGUGGGUCUCUCGGCCUUCCGCGACGGCGCCCGCUGCGGCUACACGGUCUUUACCGGGUUCAAGCGCGCGAGCAAUCCCGCCGGGUUGUACUUUGGCAUUGUCGACCAAGUCAACCCCGAAGAUGCGUCGUGUCUGGACGAGUACUGCAAGCUCGCGGCCGAGGAGUGGCCGGACGAGCCAUGCAAGUACAAGAGUCACAUCAAGGUCGAUACGCGGUCGGCCAACGACUCGCGCGGCCCGACGCUCGCACGGUCGCAGCAACAAAGUCUCAUCGGUGACCAAGAGUUUUGCCUCCAGCUCGACGCCCACAGCGUCUUUACCAACGACUGGGACCUCGGCGUCGUCGAGGACUGGCGCACGCUCAACAACGAGAUGGGCGUCCUCACGACGUACUUGCACAACCUCCACGACUUUAUUUUGCCCGACGGCUCGAACAAAGCUCCGCAGCACUUGCCGCACAUUUGCCAGACGAUGCGCGGCGGGAACGGCCUCGUGCGCAACAUUGGCGCCGACCUCAUCCUGCAGCCCAAGUACCCGCAGAUGACGGCGCUCUGGGGCGCGGGCUUCUCCUUUAGCAAGUGCCACGCCGAGAAGCGCGCGCCGAUCGACUCGCACACGCUCUGGAUGUUUGACGGCGAGGAAUUCCUGCGCGCGUCGCACCUCUGGACGCACGGCUACGACCUCUACUCGCCGUCGCGCACCGGCUGCGUCAUCUACCACAACUACACGAGCGUGCCCGCGCGCUUUGAGUACGUCGAAGUCGACGAGGCGAAGCGCAAGGAGGAGCGGGAGAUGGGCGAGAACCGCUUCAAGUUGCUCGUCGACUGGCCGUUCAAGGGGCCCGUCGACACGUUCGAGCUCGACAAGUACGGCUGGGGCAAGGCGCGGUCGCUGCAGAUGUACCUGAACUUUUCCGGCAUCACGUUUGAGGACGGCAAGCGCGACCAACACUCGUGCAAGCAGCUGCACUGGGUGCCGUACACGGACGCGUCGGCGGUCGAAGCGCUCUUGCCUGGCUGGCACCUCGACGUGCCGACGCCGGCCCAAGUGCUGCGCGGCAAGGCGCUCACGAGCGCCGGCGUCCAAAGCGAUGCGUCGUCCUCGGCGACCGGCGCGUUGGCGUGUGUGCUUCUUGUCCUAGCGUUCGUGGGCUACACGCGCUACGCCAAAGGAUCGCCAAGCGUCGACGCCAAGGAGACGUAGCGAGUCAUUGGACUAACUUUAUAACGUGGACGCUGAUGAGAUCGGGUAGCGAUCGUUUGGAAA